AUGACUCUUUUCUGUAUUUUUAUUGGACUCUGGUUGUGUAUUCCCUUUAGCCUUAAUCAUCCUGCAGUGAAAAGUUUUUCCCCUGAAAUCCAUGAUUGGUUUGGUGACCUUCCAGCCAGACAAUUUGGUCGAUAUCUUGAUUAUGCUCUUCUCUUAAUACUGGGCAGUGUUCCUUGGCAAGUUUACUUCCAACGAGUUCUUUCCUCGAGGUCCGCUUUCAAGGCAAAAAUGCUUUCAUAUGUAGCAGCUUUUGGUUGCAUUGUUAUGGCCAUUCCUUCAAUGAUAAUUGGUGCAGUUGCAAGAGUUACAGUAUGGGAAGAGACAGAUUUUAAGCGUCCUUUGGACGAUUCCCAUACUUCAUUAGUUUUACCAAUGGUAUUGCAAUAUUUAACUCCUCCGUUAGUACAAUUUGUUGGCCUUGGAGCUGUUAGUGCAGCAGUUAUGUCUUCUUCCGAUUUAUCUCUUCUCAGUGCAUCAUUAAUGUUUGCCCGAAAUGCAUCUGAACACGAAGUAGUUUGGGUUAUGAGAGUUUCAAUAAUUGUUGUUGGUGCCAUCGCCACAACUAUGGCAUUCUAUGUCAAAUCAAUUUAUGGUCUUUGGUACCUUUCAUCAGAUAUUGUUUACGUUGUUCUAUUUCCUCGAUUAGUUUGCGUUGUUUAUUUUAAACGUCACUGCUACACUUAUGGGUCCUUAGCAGCGUAUGUUCUUGGGUUCCUGUUCCUGCUAGCAAGAUUUAACUACCCAAGUUUCCAAACUUUAAAUAAUAUUUUUAAGGCCUCAAACCAACCAAAGACUAUUGCCAUGUUACGUAAAUUAAGAGCUAACCAUAAGAGAAACAAAAUAUUUCAUAGAAGGAUAAAAAUUUCAACUAAAACCAAUGCAAUGGAUUAUCAAUUAAACUUAAUGGUUGUGACCUGA